AAUGAGCAGCGGUUGGCUGAAUAGCCUAUGGUGCUGGAAUAGCGGUCACGACACUCGUCUUGUGGACUGACAAGAAUACGCACGUUGCUCUCAUUCAUCCACAGAAUAUCACUUUUCAUCUCCAAACAUGGCUUCAAAAUGCCCCAAGUGUGACAAGACGGUCUACUUCGCCGAGAAGGUGUCGUCGCUGGGCAAGGAUUGGCACAAGUUGUGCCUCAAGUGCGACCGAUGCAACAAGCUGCUCAACGCCGGCGGACACGCUGAGCACGACGGAAGGCCCUACUGCCACAAACCGUGCUACGCCGCCCUCUUCGGGCCAAAAGGCGUGAACAUCGGCGGCGCCGGUUCCUACGUGUACGACGCGCCAACCGGCAGCAACGCGUCGGCCGCCGUCAGGGACGACGCCCCCGGUCAGGCCGAGGAGAAGAAGACAUUCGCCGCCAAGGCUCCCUCCAAAGCUGGAGGCGUCACCACUUUUUCCGGCGAGGCCAACAUGUGUCCCAGAUGUAACAAGAAAGUGUAUUUUGCCGAGAAGGUGACGUCACUGGGCAAAGACUGGCAUCGCCCCUGCCUGCGCUGCGAAAGGUGCAGCAAGACUUUAUCUGCUGGCAGCCACGCCGAGCACGACGGCCAGCCUUAUUGCCACAAGCCAUGCUACGCCAUCCUCUUCGGGCCCAAAGGCGUCAACACGGGCGGCGUAGGCAGCUACAUCUACGAUCCCACCCAGUGACUCGGCUUUCCUUUCUCCAUGCCGGGACCCCCCGCUACCCCCUCAUGCCCUCCUCCUGACAACAUGUUCCUCGUCUUCUCCUUUUCAAGAAAUUCCUAGCAGCUGUUUUUGCAAAAAAAAAAAAAAAAAGUUCAGUUUCUCAUGACCACGUGGUUUUGCAUGGUCAUUACUUUGAAAGAAAAAGAAUUUGCGAGCACAGUGAAUUCCAGUGGUUUGGGGGACGGAAAAAGACGGGAGAUUGUUACAUUGCCAUUGAAGUUAUUGUUGUUGUUUUUGUCUCUGCAAUGCCAUAUUUAAUAGUUUUGACAGCCUGACGACAUGAUAAACUUGACUGUUACUGCGCCGUGGUUAUCUUAUGUUAGGUUAGCUUCAUUUGGAGUCUCCCAAAAGCGUUCCUGAAAUAUGGACGCUUGAUGCUCCAUCUGCGAUUCCGAGGUUAGCCAGUAGGGGGCAAUAAAUUGCAUUCCUGUCACUUCAACACGUUUCAGAAUCAGGCCGUUAGACGACAAAGUGUUUGGUUUGCAUAGACACUGCCUUGCGUUGCUGUUGUUAGUUUAGCAUUGCAUUCAUUUGGCACCUCGCCGUAAGGCGGAAACAUGUUUUAUUAUUGUUAAUGUUUUCACGGUAGUCUCCAGCCGUUUCUGUUCUUGACAAAAUGUGGUGUCUGUUGUUUAUAAGAUUAAAUAAAGCCACACUACAUGCACA